UCGCCAGAAAGCUUCUCCCUUUCCCCUUCGCCUCGCCGGGAGGAAAUCUCCAAAACCCUAGCCGAUGCCGUCGUCCAUGCCGCGCAGAGGUAGACGACGCUCUCCCCCUCCACCUCCACCAUCAGAUGCAUCACCCCUUCCCGUGCCCUCUCCUCCCCCACCGUCGCCAUCAGCUGCAUCGUCCAGGGCUACCUCCCCUCUACCACCGGCCGCAGCCUCCACCGCCGGCCGAACCCCUCCCCUCCGCUGCCCUCAACCACCAGCCGAAGCCUCCACAAGCCGAUCCCCUCCCCUCCCCUACUCUCCACCACCAGGUGCAGCCUCCACAAGCCACCCCCUUCCCUCCCCUGCUCUCCGCCACCAGCCGCAGCGUCCAGGGCCACCUCCCCUCCUCUCCCCUCCACCACCAGUCGGCCCCCUCCCCUCCUCUCCCCUCCACCACCGGCUGCAGCCUGCACAAGCCGACCCCCUCCCCUCCACGACCCAACCCCCUCCCCGUCUCUGCACCAUCAGCCACAACCCCCUCCCGAAUGCCGCUACUUUGACGGGGAUGGAGAACUCUUCGCCGACAAGGACGGGGAAGGCCUCUCCUACAGUCGGCCACAGCCUCCACCCUGUGAGGACACUGAGCAGGCAGUGCGUAUUGAGGCCCUAUCACCGCCAAACCCCUUUCCAUCCGUUUCAGCAUUGAUGCCAACUGGAUUGCUCAUUAAAUAUUUUCUGAGAGUUGAUGCUGAUGGCUUAUUUCACACAUAUCCUCAUCGGGGUGGUCCGUUUAAGAGCUUAGAAGAAGCCCAGGAGGCCAUAGACACCUAUCAUGCUAAUCGGAUUAAAAUCAAGUACUUGGGUGAGCUUUCCAAAGAGGACAGGUAUGUUUGGCAUAAACUAUAUUGGCGUGAUGGAACAAGGAAGAAUUCGAAAGAAGCUUUGGAUGCAAUGAUGAACCUUGACCCCACUUUGGAAGUAGUUAAAUGUUUACUAGACAAGCAUAAUGAGGAACACCAUCUUUUCGAGGAUCUUGCAUAUGAAGUCAAGCAGGUUGUGAGUUACAAAGCUCAUUUUCCGGAAAACGAUUCUCAAUAUGAAUGCAGGUCCUUCUCACAUUUAAAUGUGCUUGCAAAAAGAGGAUUGAAUGACAACCAAAAUCUUCUCUUCAUUGAAAUCACAUGCACAGAUGGUGAAUUUGAGGAGUAUGCGCUUACUUGUCUUUGUGCGGUUUCGUCCGAUGAUAAUGGUGAGUGCUGUGAAUGUGGUGAUGAUGUGAAGCAUCCCACUGGUGUGGAGUACAAAAAGGGUGAAGCAAAGCCCCAUGGUCGAUGCAAGUGCAUUAACAGGCCUAUCUCAGAUGAAGCAUUUAACAAGUUUAUUGUUGUGCGUGAUGAGGAUUCCCUGGAGGCGGAGGAGGCUAGGGUGAGACGGCAAUUCAGGAUACGCAACAUAGCAGAUGGCCAUGGAGCGAGGGGCAAAUACAUCGUACCGGCGAAACGUGUGCAAGCAUAGAUGUAUAAUCAUUAAGGUUGUGCUGCGUUUGUUUUUGGUACCAGUGAUGCUGAGUAAGUAGCAUGUGAGUGUUUGGCGUCUUGCUUGCUGACGUAGAAGCCUCAGCUCGUUUGGGUGGAGGACGGUCCUGUGCGGAACCCUCGUUUAUGGUGGAAUAUCUGAAACAGCUAAUGAACACCUACGUUUUGGGGGAAUAAGCUGGCAAAACCAAAGUGGCUUUUUCAGUGCAAUGUGUUUUGUUGUGUCA